AUGGCCCCCGGGAUACAAGACUCGCUGAGCGAGCUCCCAGCAGCAGUCCUCACUGAGGAAGAAACGUCUUCAACCAAACGGAGCAGAAGCAGACGCCCACUCUCACUCAUCCAUCACAGCCUGGUCACAUCCGACAUGGACGCGCUGAAAUUCCACGCCGCCGCAUCACUCCAGCUGUGCUUCAGUCCCUAUCAAGAUAUCACCAUCAGCAGCAUAGCAGACUCCGACUCAGAUCUAGAUGCUCAGCUUCUGAUAACAUCACCAUACAACUCCCCUCUCCACCUUCUCAACCUCCAAACCCUCGAUCCACACUCUCGUCUCCUCGCCCAGGCUCUCACAAUCCUCCGCCCCGUGCGCGCCGACUACGCCACAGCCCCCUACGCAGACUCCUUCAACUGGCCCUCUGUCUUUGCGUUCCUGCGGGAUCUGAGCACACGCGAGGGAUACACUUGGUCCCGAACGAAAUUCUACGUCGUCGUCUUCCGGUCAACCUUGCUAGCGGACGCGGAUGCGGACCGACUGCAUGAGCUGGAUGCACGGUCGCAUCAGGAGGCUGUGGCCAGUGGGGGGUUACUCAAGUAUUGGUUUGGGACGAAGAAUGCGCGGAGGGAGAAUCUGGCGACUUGUGUCUGGCGGAGCCGGGAGGAUGCGCAUCGAGGAGGGACGGGGCCAUGGCAUCGGAAGGCGAGAGGAGCGGCUAGAGAGAUGUAUGAGAAGAUUGUGUUUACGACGAUGGAACUGGUGGUUGGGGAUGAGGUGGGAGAGUGGUCGUUUGCGGAGUGGGCUGGUUGA